AUGUCUCUACGCCGUGGCGGGACACCUCUGUUAGGCGCCGGUCCACCAUCUCUGGAGGCAUCCAAUCAAGCACAAAUUGAUGACCUCGUCCAACGGAACCGGACGCUUGAACACCUCAACCAGAAGCUCACAGCCCAGAUUAAUGCAGAAGCAGGACGCUCCAAAGAAGCCGUGCUCGCAAUCCAGAAACAAUGGGACGAGAAUCAACGCCUUUGGAAAGAAGGCUGCGAAGAGCUGCUGGUCUCAUAUCGCAUUGUGCAGAAACGCCUUGAAGUCGACUUAGAGAAGGAGAGGAGUGCGGUCAUCAAAGAAAUGGCGGUUGCUCGUGAAGAGAAGCUCCAACGUUUGCAACGAGAUUUCAAGAUCAAGCUGUUCCAGAUGAAGGAAGAAGAGACAGACCAGAGGAUGGAGGAGCUGGAAGAGGAGAAGGCUAGAAUGGAGGAUGAGUAUGAGCUGGUGGUGCAGAAGAUGAAAGGCAAAUGCGCGGACUAUGCCAUCAAGCUGAAGGACACGCAGGCUGCUCUUUCACGGAGCGAGAAAGAGAGGGAGGAAAAAGAGGCGAAACACAACAAACUACUCGAAAAGCAUGCCAACCUUGAAGGCCAAAUUGCGACGUCAGGCCCUACACUCGAGCGUACGAAACUCCAGCUCGAGGGUACACAGCACAAAGCCACAGAGCUCGAGCGUACUGUUGAUGAGCUCAAGCGAACCAACGCAGACCUCACGCGUCAACUUGAGAGAUGGCAAAGCCUAGAUCUCAAGGAAGGUACUGCAGCCGAGAAUCAGCGGAAAGAACGGCUGGCUCUGGAGGCAGAGAACACGGAACUCAAAGAAGAGCUCGAGAGGAAGGAGGCUCAGCUGGAGAAGUCGGAGAGACGCGUCGAGAAGAUGAAGACAACGACCCACAAUUGGGAGGCGGAGUGCAAAGUACAGCAGCAGACGGCCAAGACCGCUGAGAAGCAAGUGGCAAAGUUGGAGAAGCAGAUCCAGAAACUUAAAAGCGAUCUAGAGAUUGAACGUGCCAGAGUGCGACCUCCUUCUCCUCAAAAGCCACACCCACCUCCAGCAGACGUCGAUGUCAUCGAUGUAGACGCGGAACAAGAAGAGCCACCACUCAAGCAAGCCGUCAAACCUGAAUGCAAACCGUCAACAACAGUAAAGCCGGGGCUUUCCACUCAGACGAAGACCAGACGCUCUGGGAUCGAAGGACAAGUUGCGAGAAAGAAGACUGGCGGGAAGCCCCCGCAGCCUUUGCGAGGCAGGAAGGUUGCUUCUGCUCCAGCACCUAAGAGUGACAGCGAUAGCGAGAUGGAAGAAAUAUCCGAGGUUGAAGUUCCAGACGAACCCCCUGAAGAAGAUGCUGCCGCGCGCAAGAAGAGGAAAGGCAAGGCCAAGGCCAUAGAAGACGACGCUGAGGCAGAACCGCCAGAGCCUCCCGCCCAGAAGAGGAAGGGUAAACGAAAAGUGGAGGAGCAGGAAGAAACAGGUGGUGACGAUGAACUGGAGGUCGUGGAACAACCCAAUCCAAAGAAACGAGGUUCAAGGGCUCCAAGCGUGAUCAAAGAAACGGCGCCUGCCACGACGAAUCGUAGAUCGAAACCUCCAAGUCGUGCGCCCAGCAAACAGCCUAAUGCCAAAGCGCCAACUGAACAAGGGGACGCGAACGACGAUGACGAUGACGAAGCUGCUCCAAAGAAAAAGAAACGGAAGCUUGUGAGCUUAUUCCCGGAUAAAAGUGCUGGCCUUCCUCAAUUUUCUGCUUUCGGAAAUGGUUCUCUCGAUAUCCCAUCGGUAUUAUCUCCGCUCAAACCCGACGAACGGGUCCCACAACGGUCAACAUCCUCAAGUUUGGUAGCCAGCCUUGGCGGGUUAAUGAAGAUACCCUUCGGACAAUCAAGACGAUGA